AUGUCCAGUCGCAAUGGUCAUCACAACACGACGGCAGCGCGACGCCCGCCCUAUUGCUCGGCUCAGGCCUUCUGUUUGGAUCUUUUGCAUGUGGGCUUGUCGCGGCUGGGCCUGUUGGGCCGAUCGCGCCUUUUAGGCCUGUCGUGGUCGAGCCUAUUAGUCCGCCGUGCUCUGACUUCGAGGAUCCCGGCAAUCAUGGCUUCCGAGUCAUCCGCCGCCGCGGCCGUAACUCGGCCUCAGCCCAUUUCCACUCAGAGCGGCGCUCCUCAGCCGGUCCAGGUUGCAAAGCGGCUAGAAAAGUUCAAAACGACAAUCUUCACCCAAAUGAGCAGCCUAGCCAUCAAGCACAAUGCCAUCAAUCUUGGGCAGGGAUUCCCCAAUUUCGACGGCCCGGAUUUCGUCAAGGAGGCCGCCAUCCAAGCCAUCCGGGACGGCAAAAACCAGUACGCUCGAGGCUGUGGAGUCCCCGACCUGAACCUAGCCAUUGCCAACCGUUUCAAGAAAGACUCAGGCCUCUCGGUUGACCCCGAGAAGGAGGUCACGGUCACCUCCGGCUGCACGGAGGCAAUUGCCGCCACAAUCCUCGGGUUAAUAAACCCUGGGGACGAAGUCGUCCUUUUCGCCCCCUUCUACGACUCGUACGAGGCCACACUAUCCAUGGCCGGCGCCCAAAUAAAACCAAUCACCCUAAAACCCCCAAACUUCUCCCUCCCGAUCGACGAGUUAAAAUCGACCGUUUCGAACAAAACGCGCGCGAUCCUAAUGAACACCCCCCACAACCCGACAGGCAAAAUGUUCACGCGCGAGGAGCUCGACGAGAUCUCGUCCCUCUGCAUCGAGCACGACGUGCUCGUUUUCUCGGACGAGGUUUACGACAAGUUGGCUUUCGAGAUGGAUCACGUCUCGAUCGCGUCACUCCCCGGGAUGUACGAGCGGACGGUGACCAUGAACUCUCUAGGGAAGACUUUCUCGUUAACGGGCUGGAAGAUCGGGUGGGCCGUAGCCCCGGCCCAUUUGACAUGGGGAGUGAGGCAGGCCCAUUCUUACAUGACCUUCGCAACCUCGACACCUAUGCAGCAUGCUGCAGCUGCGGCCCUAAAUGCCCCCGACUCAUAUUACGAUGAGCUGAGGAGGGAUUACUUGGCGAAGAAGGAGAUUCUGGUGGAGGGAUUAAAGGGAGUGGGUUUUGAGGUAUACCCGUCGAGCGGGACAUACUUUGUGGUGGUGGACCACACGCCGUUUGGGCUGGAGGAUGACGUGGCGUUCUGUGAGUACUUGAUCAAGGAGGUUGGGGUUGUGGCUAUACCCACGAGCGUGUUCUAUUUGGAUCCCGAGGAAGGGAAGAAUCUGGUGAGGUUCACCUUUUGUAAGGAUGAAGGGACACUCAGGGCUGCGGUCGAGAGGAUGAAGGCCAAGCUGGUGGUGAAGAAAUGA